AUGAACAAAGGAUAUCAGAUUCAUGUUAUGAUAUUCACGGUUCAUGCAUUGAUCAAUGCGAUAGCAGAAGAUUUAAAACCAGGCGACUUGGAUUCCUGUUUGCGUGAAUUACUUGAGAUAUGCAAAUGGGAAGCUUUUGGCAAUGACCAAUUCGAGGAAUCAUUUAAUAAAGAUGGACAAACACAACAACUUCGUUCUGAAUCUCAUGGUGUUCCUGAAGCAAAAACUAGCAACAAUAAAACAUCUGAAACGUUCACACAAAUUGGAAGAUUUAUUGGUAGUGAAAAGGCAUUGAAUGAAAUUGUUUUGGAACAUAUUCGUGAAAUAGUUGAAGCUAACCCAAAAGCUGAAACAAUAAGAAAGCUUUCAGAGUGGCUUAGAGCUCUAAGUGCCGGUUUACGAAUUAAUGCUGGUGGUAUUCCACCUCUCCAACAACUUCAUUUCUCAUUGAACUUGGCUCAUAAAAGCAUGCGACACAUGGAAGAAGACAAGCAAAGACUGAAUAACUCACAACAUUUGGCAGCAGAUAAAAGUUCUUUGAGGCCUCCAAAUUGUUUAUUAUUACCAACAGAACCAAAAAGACUUGGAGUUAUCCAUCGGAUUGCAAUUAAAAGCAAAAUGCAUAUCUUUGUGGAAUUUGCUUUUCAAAUUUUGGUUGAUCAAUUAAAAGGACGUUCAGUAAAUGUUGAAACAGAAAAUGAAAAUUUGAUUGAAGAAGAAAAUUCUCAAGUUUUAAAUGAUAACCCAACUCAGGCUAAAGAAUUUAUUCCAUUAUUGGAACAGUUUGUCCCGCUUCUUUUGGAAGCUCUCAACAAGAAGUAUGACAAGAUCACUGCACUCUCCCUUCGUUCAAUAUUUUAUUUAUUUAAAUGGCCUUUGGAAUCAUUAAAUUCACGUCUCUCAGAACUCUUUGAUCUACUUUUUGUUAUUCUUAAUGAUUAUGCAUCACUUGGACAAUCUGGCAAUCGUCCAACAAUUAUAGAAUUACAUUUAAAUCUUUUCAAAUGUUUUACACAUCUUUUACGUUCUUCACCAAUUAUUUCUUCAUUAAAUACUGAUAGAUUACAACUUUUAUUAAAUUAUGUGGAAACUGAUAUUCUUGAUCAACAAAAACAAACAACUGCUUUCAAUUUAAUUAAGGCUAUAAUUAAUAUGAAAAUUGAUGAUGAAAAGAUAACAAAUAUCAUUGAAUAUUUAUCAGAGAAGUCAAUAACUUCACUUUCUACAAAUAUUCGAAGCCAAUGCAGACAGACAGUUCUUCUCUACCUAAUAAAUCAUCCUCAAGGAAUGCGUAAUUACGAGUAUUGGAUGGAAUUUUUUCUUAAUCAGACUGAAUAUGAAAUUGUUGAUGGUCGUUUAUCUGCAUUAGAAGUAGUUAAUUCUAUUUUGAGUGAAUUUACGGAGGAAGCAAAUGAUCGUUAUGCAAUGUUAGUUUUCUUAAAAUUGGCUGCUCGUUUACAAAAUGAAGAUAAUGAGCAAUGUCUGCAAUUUAUUGUUAUUUGUUUACGUAAACUUUUUACUUCAAUUAAUGAAAGUUUAUUUAUUGAUUUGCAUUCAGCCGCAACAGAUUGGCUUUCAGCACGAAAGCCAUCAAUUCGUGUUCUUGCUUGGCGUUUAUUUACUCAAUUUGUUUUGUCUAAUUCGUCUCAUUUUACUAAACAUUUAUCAUUGAAAAUUGUUCGCAAAACUUUUGAAGAGUUUUGUAUUGAACCAAACAAAUUUUCGUCUUCAGAUAUGUCACUUGAUUGUAAAUUAUCUUUAUGCGAGUUCCUUAAUGCCGUUGCUGAGAAUAAUCCAGAAGAACUUUUUAAUGGAAUUUUUGAUUUUGAUGAUCAACUUGAUGAAACAAAAAAAUUUAAAAAAACAUUGAGAAAACGAAAAUUGAAGCAAAUAAAAAAAGAUGAAGGAAGUGAAAAUUCAGACAUCCCUCAGCACAACUUUGUGAAUUUGAUUGAAAAUUUGGAGUUUUGUCUUUUAUCUAUUAAACAACAAAAUGAACAACAACAACCAUAUGAAAGCUUAAAACUUUCAAUUUGUGCAGCUACAUUUUUAAAUACAUGGAUUGGACAUUUAAAUAUUCGAGAAAAAUUGAUUAAUUUAUUAAAUAAAAGAACAAAUACGGACGAAAACAACAAAGAUGGCAGUAAGCUUUUUUCUUUAUGUAUUUGCCUUGUUUCAUUGCUGGAAAAUGAGAGAAGAAGUAGAAGAAGAGAUGAAGAAUUGAAAAAUAAAAAUGAAGAAGAGAAGGCAGGGGAUGAAGAGGGCGAAGAAGAAGAAAAAUUUAUAAAAGAAGAAGAGGAAAAUUUGGAGGAAGAAAAUUUUGAAGAAAAAAAUUGUAAAGAUAGCAAAAUCCAAUUAAAUCAGGAAAAUACAAAGGAAAAAAGAAGAGAAUUUUGGAAUGAUACUUUGGCUGAUUUGGCAAUACGCUUACUAACACAUUUUAUGCUGGCUUUGGAUAUUCCCAGGCAAUUUGAAAUUUUAUGCAGACGACUGUCUAGGAUUUGUUGGAUUGAAACUAUUAAGGAGACUGGGAAGACGAAAAAGGUUUGUGAAAUAGUUUUUUAAAUAGUUGGUUCCAGACUACUUCCUAUGUUCUUAAAAACUGUUGGGGAAUUGUCUCUUAUAAUGAGGUGUAUAUUACAUAAAGAUAUCACUUAAGGGGCUCAUCCAUCCUUCGUACUGCUUCUGUCUGUUCCCUUCAGACUACUUCCUGUGUUCCUUCCAAACUACUUCCUAUGUUCCUUCCAGACUACUUCCUAGGUUC